AGCUUAGAGCUCGAUUCACGGAAAAGUUUACGCACUUUUAUCUACGUAGCUGAGAUGCAAAGCCUUGGACGUUACGCCACAAUUCACACUCGGGGCCCGAUGGAGUCGCUGCAAUCAGCUGUGCAUCAUAUCUUGUUUUGAUAAACAAGUAAUGAACGGCGAAAACACAUAAUUAAAAAUGGAAGGAAUGCUGCAUAAAUGGACCAAUUACAUAAGUGGUUGGCAACCUCGUUGGUUUGUGCUUGAUGGAGGAACUUUGUCUUACUAUGACUCUCAAGAAGAUGCCUUGAAAGGUUGCAAAGGCAGCAUUAAAAUUUCAGUUUGUGAAAUCCAAGUUCAUUCCUCAGACUCUACACGAGUUGACCUGACCAUACCAGGAGAGCAGUACUUUUACCUCAGAGCCAUCAAUGCAGCAGAGAGGCAGAAAUGGCUGGUGGCACUGGGAACCGCCAAAGCUUGCCUUACAGACAACCGGACAAAAAGAGAAAAAGAGCUCCAGGAGAACACAGAUGCACUUAAAACUAAGAUGUCAGAACUCAGAUUGUACUGUGACCUUCUUCUACAACAAGUAAACAAGAUCAAGGAGAAUGAUGAGCUAGGAGACACAGAGGAGACGGGCAUAGACACUGGGAACAUGGUGAAGUCUACAUGCACCACUUUCCUUAAGACUCUCGAGGAAUGCAUGCAUAUAGCAAACCGUACUUUCAGUACGGAUAUGACAACACAGAGUCCACCAGAAUCUCCUCCAGUAGCAGCCAUCAAACCUCAGAAGAUUAAACCUGUCAAUCAUUUAAAACAGAACCUUGGAGAAAAAUCGAGAGAUUUGGCUGAAACCUCAGGAGAAGAAAUUGCACAUGACAACCAGAGCCUUGACUCUGGAGCAGAAGGAACAGAUGCACCAGAUGAGCCAGAUAGACCAGAACAACAUUCUUCCCCAUCAGACAUUGAUGCCGCAAACGGCAACAGCUCAGUCCACGAGGAGGGAGGUGAUCCCGCUUUACACACUACCCAGAAUACCCCUGAGAUUGAACACUACGACCAACCAGCAGAGGGGGACGAGGAAAAUGAAGCCGAUGAUCAAGAGGAGACGAAACAAGAGCAGAAGCACAAAGUGGACCAAAGUCAAGAAGAGCAUGACAACAACAACGAGGAAGUGAACGCCGUUCAGCCUCAGCACCAACAGGAAGCUGUUCAAGACCAAGAAGAGGCGCAACAUGAAGGCGAGACUUCCAGAGAUUUAGCAGAGCUGGAAGACACAGAGCAGGUGGAAACUUUCUUCAGCACAAUGAGUCACAGAUUUAGUGAUAUAAGACUGGACGACGACAAUGGUAUCCCUACACAAGAGUUUUUGGACUCAUGCUAUGCAAUAGUACCUGUAUUAGACAAGCUGGGCUCCACAGUGUUUGCGCCAGUUAAAAUGGAUUUUGUUGGAAACAUCAAGAAAAUUAACCAGAAGCUGAUGUCAGACCCCGAUAGCUUCCCCACACUACAGUCCAUCGUGCUGCAUGAAGUGCGGACAGACAACGCCCGGAUGCGCAACUCUGCCACCGAGGCUCUGCUGUGGCUCGGACGAGGCCUGAAGUUCCUCAAGGAGUUCCUGUCAGAGGUCAAUGCAGGAGAACAAGACAUCCAAGGAGCGCUAAACAACGCCUAUGGGAAGACCCUUCGGCAGUACCACGGAUGGGUUGUGCGAGGCGUCUUUGCUUUGGCGCUGAGAGCCGCCCCGUCUUAUCAAAGUUUCGCCUCCGCCUUAGUGACGAGAGAGGGCGACCAGAUGAAAGGCAGCUUCACCAGCGGCAUUCACAAGGACCUGGGAGUGUACCUGCCUGCCAUGGGGAAGCAGCUGGCCAUCCUAGAUGCCCUAUAUGAAGAAUACAACCUGGAGUCUGAUGAAGUGGUGUGAAACUUGAACAAGGAGAGGAUCAGAGUACAAGGAAGGACAGAACCUGAGCGCAGGGGCAGAGUAGUGGCCGACUGCUGAAUGACGGUGCCAGAUCUUGUGUAUUUUGUGUACAAAGUAGUGUGAGCGUGUCCCGUGUCAGUGUGAGGUGUUUCCAGUGGUUGUUAAACUCUACCACAGUAGAGGGUCCAGGUUUGAAGAAGGUAUUAUUGUCUGUAUUUGGGAACAAACAUUAACAAUUAGGACAUUUCACCCCGAGUUUCCGGGUCUUGUUUAAAACACCAUCAGUAGGGAUUUUACGCCCGUAUUAUGCAGACUCCAACCAUAACGAGUCUUGGUGACAUUUGUUUGUGGUGCACAUUUUGUGGCUGUAUUGUGGCUUUUUUUAUGUACAGGUACAUAACCACAAGGUAUUUUUGCUUUAGUAACUACCCUGGAAAGUUUACUUGUGAUUUCCCCUAUCGGAACGCAAAGACAUUUUUAAUCAAGGUUUUCCUGUUUCCUUAGAUUCAUGAAUUGGGGGUGAUACUUGCGACUAAUGGAGAGCACUAUUUGACAAAAUGUCAGAUUGUUCCACUGCCCAAUAUAUGCCUUUAAGUAUGUGAUGGAUUUGCUAACUUUUUUAUUGUAUUAGGUAAAAAGUUAGUUGCACUGACUGUUAAAGUUAGGAAUUUAUAAUAUAUGUGGAUUAGUUUUUUUCUUUCCCUGAAUCUGUUUAAUAUAAAUCCUGCAGUUUGACAAUGUUUUGCUAAAAUGUUAUGAGCUAUAAGCUCUGGAGACUUUUCCGAGGGACCAAAAAGGAGCUGUCAUGUGACUGGCUUUAGCCUCUGCUGCCUACAGUACCACAACACACAAGAACAAAAUGAUACAGUGUAGCUGUUAAACUACUGACAACUGCUGAAUACUUGUGUGGACAUCCUCUGCACAAACCUAUGCAUACAAUGCAUUUUCACAAUGUUUUAUUUAUUACGUCUUAAGUUAUAGAGUUCGCAUUUAUGUCAUGGGGAUCAUUGCAGUCCAGCUCUCGUGUGAAUGUUUGGGCGUUUGUAUCCAUAGAGCACCUUUAUUGAUUGCAUGGAUUUAUGUGUUAAGUAAUAUAGGUGCCAAUGGAAACUGAAUAUAGGCCAAGGCCUUAAAUUAACCAAGUUAAUAAAUAAUCCUAAUGGGGGGGGGGGGGAUAGAACGUUCAAUACAUUGUUUCUCCAUCUCUGUACUAAUAAUGAACACGGACAUUCAGCUAGUCUACUCUAUAGGUUUCAUCAUCUCAUACACUUGAGUGUUAUUACCAACCGUACUUAAUAUUUUAUGAUGUCGCUUCAACAAUGAAAAAUCAAGUUGUAAGACUCGAUUUGUCCAUGGAGUCACUGAGCCGUUCAGACAAAGCAGGAACGUCCUCAUAAGGCUUGUUUUUUGUUUGUGUUUUUUUUUUACCAAAACAUAUCUCGUAUUUUUCAACCUUUUUGUUUUUUUCAGGAAUACAUACUGUAAUAAUUCUUGAAGUGAGGCAUUAGCAGCAGGUUUACAUCCUAGUCAAUUCCAAUGAAUAUGAUAUUGUAAUAUUGCAAACAUUUGAUUAGUUUUUUUCUACGACUGUAUAUAAGAUGCUAUUUGAUUUUUACAUAAUAAACAAUGAAGUUGUCUUAG